AUGGCCUUCUGGACACAGCUGAUGCUGCUGCUUUGGAAGAAUUUCCUGUAUCGCAAGAGGCAGCCGAUCCAACUCUUGGUGGAGUUGUUGUGGCCGCUCUUUCUCUUCUUCAUCCUGGUGGCCGUUCGCCAUUCCCAUCCCCCACUCGAGCAGCAUGAAUGUCAUUUUCCCAACAAGCCGCUGCCCUCAGCGGGCACUAUCCCUUGGCUCCAGGGCCUCAUCUGCAACGUGAACAACACCUGCUUCCCGUGGCAAACCCCCGGCGAGGAGCCUGGCAUCCUCAGCAACUUCAAGGACUCCCUGGUUUCCCGGCUCUUGGCAGAUGCUCGCACUGUCCUGGGGGGCCCCAGUGCCCAUAGGAUGCUGGCUAGCCUGAGAAAACUGAUGCCCAUUCUGAAGGCUGCACGCACAGCCCGAGCAAGUGAGAAGGCGGGACUUGACCAGCCCAAGGAGGGGUUAUCCCUGGCCACUCAGCUGCUGGGGACACUGCUGCAAGGGGAAUCUCUGGGUUCUGUGCUGGGCCAGGCCCAGGAGUCCGUGGGCAGCCUUGUGGAGACUGCAGAGGACAUGGCCCAGGAGCUCCUGGAGCUGCCCAGCCUGGGGGAGCUGUGGGCCCUGCUACAGAGACCCCACAGGCCAGGUGGUCCCCUGGAGGCGGUGGCAGAAGCCCUUUGCAGUGCCAGGGGGCCCAGCAAACCAGGUGGGCCCUCCCUCAACUGGUAUGAGGCCAGUGACCUGAAGGAGCUGGUGGGGCAGGAGCCAGUGCAGGCCCUGCGGGACAACAGCCUGAGCCCCACCUGCGCUGAGCUGACGGGGGCCCUGGACACCCACCCCCUAUCCCGCCUGCUGUGGAGGCGCCUGAAGCCACUGGUCCUGGGGAAAGUACUGUUCACGCCUGACACACCCUUCACCCGGCAGAUCAUGGCCCAGGUCAAUCGAACUUUCCAGGAGCUGGCGCUGUUGAAGGACAUCCAGGAGGUGUGGGGGCUGCUGGGACCCCAGCUCUUUAACUUCCUGAACGAUAGUGCCAAUAUCGCCAUGCUGCAGAGGCUCCUGCAGAUCCAGGACAAGGGAAGGAGGCAGCCAAGACCCGGAGGUGGGGCCAGAGUGGAAGCUCUUCAUGCCUUUCUGAAUCCCCGCAGCGGUGGCUACAGCUGGCAGAAGGCCCACGCUGAUGUGGGACACCUGGCGGUCACACUGGGCCGUGUGAUGGAGUGCGUGACUCUGGACAAGCUGGAGGCCGCCCCUUCAGAGGCUGCCCUGGUGGAGCGGGCCCUGAAGCUGCUCUCCGAGCACCGUUUCUGGGCCGGCAUCGUUUUUCUGGGGCCCGAGGACUCCCCGGACCCCGCUCAGUCCCCAGGCCCUGGCCACGUGCGCAUCAAGAUCCGCAUGGAUAUCGAUGAUGUCACAAGAACCAAUAAGAUCAAGGACAGGUUUUGGGACCCCGGUCCGGCCGCUGACCCCCUGACGGACCUGCGCUACGUGUGGGGUGGCUUCGUGUACCUGCAGGACCUGCUGGAGCGCGCAGCUGUGCGCGUGCUCACAGGGACCACCCCCCAUGCCGGCCUCUACCUCCAGCAGAUGCCCUACCCCUGCUACGUGGACGAUGCGUUCCUGCGCUUGCUGAGCCGGUCACUGCCACUCUUCCUGACACUGGCUUGGAUCUACUCGGUGGCGUUGACGGUGAAGGCCGUGGUGCGUGAGAAGGAGACUCGGCUGCGCUACACGAUGCGCGCCAUGGGGCUCAGCGCCACUGCACUGUGGCUGGGCUGGUUCCUCAGCUGCCUUGGGCCCUUCCUCCUCAGCACCGCGCUGCUUGUGCUGGUGCUCAAGCUUGGGGACAUCCUCCCCUACAGCCACCCGGGGGUGCUGUUCCUGUUCUUGGCGGCUUUCGCUGUGGCCACGGUGGUCCAGAGUUUCUUGCUGAGCGCAUUCUUCUCCCGCGCGAACUUGGCAGCCGCCUGUGGGGGUCUUGCCUAUUUCGUACUCUAUCUGCCCUACGUGCUGUGCGUGGCCUGGAGGGACCAGCUGCCCAUGGGCGGCCGCGUGGCCGCGAGCCUUCUGUCGCCCGUGGCCUUCGGUUUUGGCUGCGAGAGCCUGGCGCUGCUGGAGGAGCAGGGCGAGGGUGCGCAGUGGCACAACAUGGGCACCGGGCCUACAGCAGAUGUCUUCAGCUUGGCCCAGGUCUCUGGCCUUCUGCUGCUCGAUGCCGCUCUCUAUGGCCUCGCAACUUGGUACCUGGAGACGGUGUGCCCAGGCGAGUAUGGGAUUCCCGAACCGUGGAACUUUCCCUUUCGGAGGAGCUACUGGUUUGGGUCUCAGACCCCCAAGGGUCCUGCCCCAGUCCUGGCUGUGCAGGACCCCAAGGUGCUGGUGGAGGAGGCCCCCCCUGGCCUGAUUCCAGGGGUCUCCAUACGCGGCCUGGAAAAGCGCUUUCCUGGCAACCCGCAGCCAGCGCUGUGCGGACUCAGCCUGGACUUCUACCAGGGCCACAUCACCGCCUUCCUGGGCCACAAUGGGGCUGGCAAAACGACCACAAUGUCCAUCCUGAGUGGCCUCUUUCCACCCACGGCUGGCUCCGCCUCUGUCCUGGGCCACGACGUCCGGACCAGCAUGGCAGCCAUCCGGCCCUGCCUGGGUGUCUGCCCGCAGUACAACAUACUGUUUGACCUGCUGACUGUGGAUGAGCACGUCUGGUUCUAUGGGCGGUUGAAGGGUCUGAGCGCAGCUGCCAUGGGUCCCGAGCAGGACCGGCUGCUGCAGGACAUGGGGCUGAUCCCCAAGAGGCAUGCACAGACUCAUCACCUGUCAGGUGGGAUGCAGCGGAAGCUCUCAGUAGCCAUUGCCUUUGUGGGUGGCUCCAAAGUUGUUAUCCUGGAUGAGCCCACAGCUGGUGUAGACCCCACUUCCCGUCGAGGCAUCUGGGAGCUGCUGCUCAAAUAUCGGGAAGGUCGCACACUGAUCCUCUCCACCCACCACCUGGAUGAGGCGGAGCUGCUGGGAGACAGGGUGGCGAUAGUGGCAGGGGGCCGCCUGUGCUGCUGUGGCUCUCCUCUCUUCCUGCGGCGUCACUUGGGCUCCGGUUACUACUUGACAUUGGCCAAGGGUCCCCCACCCCUGGCCACCAGCAAAAAGGGUGAAACUGGCUUGAAGAACAGCAUGGAUGCUGGGCAGAAAAGGGAGCCAGGAGGCCAGGCCAGCUCUGCCGGUGCAGCCCAGCUGUGGGCCAUAGUGCAGCGCCAAGUGCCCGGCACACGACUGGUCAAGGAUCUGCCACAUGAACUGGUGCUGGCAUUGCCCUACAAGGGCGCCCUGGAUGGCAGCUUCGCUGAGCUCUUCCAUGAUCUGGACCAGCGGCUGGGGGAGCUGGGACUGGCUGGCUAUGGGAUCUCCGACACCAGCCUGGAGGAGAUCUUCCUGAAGGUGGUGGAAGAUUGUGCUGUGGACACAGGCCCAGAGGAUGGUAGGCCCAGGCAAGGUUCAUGCUUGGGUAUUUCUCAUCCCGACGCGACUAGGCAGCUCCAAGUUCCUCCAGAGGAGACAGCCCUGGAGAAUGGGGGGCUGGGUGAGUUGUCCCUGCCCCACCCUGUGGCCCCUCCUGGUCCCCAGGGCCAAGCACUGACCCUCCCAUCCCCCACAGCUGGCUCUGCCCCUGAGACACAGGCACUACAGGGCUCUGGGCCGGCCACCGCAGGCCGCGUACACAGCUGGGCGCUCACAUGUCAGCAGCUCCGGGCCUUACUUCUCAAGCGUUUCCUGCUUGCCCGCCGCAGCCGCCGUGGCCUGUUUGCCCAGAUUGUGCUGCCUGCCCUCUUUGUGGGCCUGGCACUGGUGUUCAGCCUCAUUGCACCCCCGUUUGGAUACUACCCGGCUCUGCGGCUGAGCCCCAGCAUGUACGGCUCCCAGGUGUCCUUCUUCAGCGAUGACACUCCAGGGGACCCUGAACACUCCCGCCUGGUCGAGGCCCUGCUGGAGGAGGCCGGACUGGAGGAGGCUUACCCGAAAAGUAACUCCAGCAGGGCACCAGCAUGCACACGGCCUGCCCUCUGCCACUUCUCGGUGCCUGAGGUCCCUGCAGACGUGGCUGAGGUCUUGGCCAGUGGCAACUGGACCCUGGAGUCUCCAUCCCCCGCCUGCCAGUGCAGCCAGCCUGGUGCCCACCGCCUGCUGCCUGACUGCCCUGCUGCAGCUGGUGGCCCCCCGCCACCCCAGGCACCAACCAGCUCUGGUGAAGUGGUCCAGAACCUAACGGGCCGGAACCUGUCUGACUUCCUGGUCAAGACCUACCCGCGCCUGGUGCGCCAAGGCCUGAAGACCAAGAAAUGGGUGAACGAGGUCAGGUAUGGGGGCUUCUCCCUUGGGGGCCGAGACCCAGGCCUGCCCUCGGGCUUGGAGGUGGGCCGCUCUGUGGAGGAGCUGCGGGCACUGCUGAACCCCACACCAGGCGAGGCCCUCGACUACCUCCUGAAUAACCUCACAGCAUGGGCUGUUGGUCUGGACACUCAGGAUGGCCUCAAGAUCUGGUUUAACAACAAGGGCUGGCACGCCAUGGUGGCCUUUGUAAACCGAGCCAACAACGCUCUCCUACAUGCCCACCUGCCACCAGGCCUCUCCCACCAUGCCCACAGCAUCACCACGCUCAAUCACCCCCUGAACCUCACCAAGGAGCAGUUGUCUGAGGCUGCGCUGAUGGCCUCCUCAGUGGACGUGCUUGUUUCCAUCUGCGUGGUCUUCGCCAUGUCCUUUGUCCCGGCCAGCUUCAUCCUUGUCCUCAUUGACGAGCGUGUCACCCGAGCCAAACACCUGCAGUGCAUGGGAGGCCUGCCCCCCACUCUCUACUGGCUUGGAAACUUUCUCUGGGACAUGUGUAACUACUUGGUGUCAGCGUGCAUCGUGGUGCUCAUCUUUUUGGCCUUCCAGCAGAGGGCAUAUGUGGCCCCUGCCAACCUGCCUGCCCUCCUGCUGUUGCUACUACUGUACGGCUGGUCGAUCACACCACUCAUGUACCCAGCCUCCUUCUUCUUCUCUGUGCCCAGCACAGCCUAUGUUGUGCUCACCUGCAUCAAUCUCUUUAUUGGUAUCAAUGGCAGCAUGGCCACCUUCGUGCUUGAGCUCUUCUCUGAUCAGAAGUUGCAGAAGGUGAGCCGGAUCCUGAAACAGGUCUUCCUUAUCUUUCCUCACUUCUGCUUGGGUCGGGGCCUCAUCGACAUGGUGCGGAACCAGGCCAUGGCUGAUGCCUUUGAGCGCUUGGGAGAGGGGCAUUUCCAGUCGCCCCUGCGUUGGGAGGUGGUCGGCAAGAACCUCUUGGCCAUGUUCAUACAGGGGCCAAUCUUCCUCCUCUUUACACUACUGCUUCAGCACCACAACCGCCUCCUACCACAACCCAAGCUGAGGCCAUUACCCGCCCUGGGAGAGGAGGAUGAGGAUGUGGCCCGUGAGCGGGAACGGGUAGUACAAGGGGCCACCCAGGGGGAUGUGUUGGUACUGAGGGACCUGACCAAGGUGUACCCUGGGCAGAGGACACCAGCUGUUGACCGCCUGUGCCUGGGGAUUCCCCCUGGUGAGUGUUUCGGGCUGCUGGGCGUGAACGGAGCAGGGAAAACGUCCACAUUCCGCAUGGUGACUGGGGACACGCUGCCCAGUGGGGGCGAGGCCAUUCUGGAAGGCCACAGCAUGGCCCAGGAACCGGCCGCAGCUCACUGCCGCAUGGGCUACUGCCCUCAGUCGGAUGCCAUCUUCGAGCUGCUGACCGGUCGCGAGCACCUGGAGCUGUAUGCACGCCUGCGAGGAGUCCCUGAAGCCCAAGUUGCCCAGACAGCAAGCUACGGCCUGGCACGCCUGGGCCUCCCUCAGUAUGCUGACCGACUUGCGGGCACCUACAGCGGUGGCAACAAGCGGAAGCUGGCGACAGCCGUGGCUCUGGUGGGGGACCCGGCUUUAGUCUUUCUGGACGAGCCGACCACUGGCAUGGACCCUGGUGCCCGGCGGUUCCUCUGGAACAGUCUUCUGGCCGUGGUGCGGGAGGGCCGCUCCGUGGUACUCACCUCACACAGCAUGGAGGAGUGCGAGGCACUCUGUACGCGCCUGGCCAUCAUGGUGAAUGGGCGGUUCCGCUGCCUGGGCAGCACACAGCACCUCAAGGGCAGAUUUGGGGCUGGCCAUACACUGACCCUGAGGGUGCCCUUGUCGAGAUCCAAGUCGGCGGCCGACUUCGUGGCCCAGGCAUUCCCGGGAGCUGAGCUGCGGGAGGCACAUGGUGGCCGCCUGCGCUUCCAGCUGCUGCCAGGAGGGCGCUGCACCUUGGCGCUCGUCUUUGGAUUGCUGGCGGCAAGCGGCGCAGAGCACGGUGUGGAGGACUUCUCUGUGAGCCAGACCACGCUGGAGGAGGUAUUCUUGUACUUCUCCAAGGAUCAGGGCAAAGAGGAAGAUGAGAAGGAGACAGAAGUGGGGGCUGACCCUGUGCCAGGCCCACAGCGCCCCAAACUCAUAACCCAGUUCCUUGAUGACCACGGCAUGGCUGAAACGGUCCUCUGA